AUGAAGCUGCUUUUGAUCUUCAGCGCCCUCAUCGGGGCUUCCCUGUGCCUGGAAACCUUCGUUGGGCACCAGGUUCUCCGAAUCAAGACCAAAAAUGAGGAGGAGGUCAAGCAGCUGCAGCUUUUGGAAUCGCUGGAACACCUGGAGCUGGAUUUCUGGAUCAACCCCUCUGCCCCUGCCCUCCCCGUGGAUGUGAGAAUUCCUGCUGUCAGUGUCCAGUCUGUGAAAGCCUUCCUGGAAUCCCAGGGGAUUGAGUAUUCCAUCCUGAUCGAAGACCUGCAGGAUGUUCUGGAUAAAGAAAAGCAAGAUAUGGCCGAGAGUGCCCAAAGGCAGCGCAGCAGCAGCUUCGACUUUGGUACUUACCACACUCUGGAUGAUAUUAAUGCAGAACUGGACCAUCUUGCAUCCGAGUACAGCUUUGUGGAAAAGAUCCAGAUCGGGGAAUCCUAUGAAAAGCGCCCUCUGUACGUCCUGAAGUUCAGCACCGGAGGCUCCAAGCGCCCGGCCAUCUGGCUCGACGCCGGCAUCCAUUCCCGCGAGUGGGUCACCCAGGCCAGCGCCCUGUGGAUCGCCAACAAGAUUGCCUCUGACUAUGGAACAGAUGCUUCCAUCACCUCCCUCCUGGACAAGAUGGAUCUUUUCCUGCUGCCAGUCGCCAACCCUGAUGGAUUUGUGUACACUCACACCUCGAAUCGCAUGUGGAGGAAAACCCGCUCCAAGAAUCCCGGCAGCGUCUGCAUCGGAGUUGAUCCCAACAGGAACUGGGAUGCAGGUUUUGGAGGUCCUGGAGCCAGUAACAAGCCCUGCUCCGACUCCUACCACGGGCCCAGUGCCAACUCCGAGGUGGAAGUGAAAUCUGUUGUUGACUUCAUCAAGAAUCACGGAAACUUCAAGGCCUUCCUGACCCUCCACAGUUAUUCCCAACUCCUGAUGUAUCCCUAUGGAUACAAAUGCACCAGGCCAGACGAUUAUGCCGAGCUGGAAUCUCUGGGAAGAGCUGCUGCCAAUUCCAUCCGCUCCCUCUAUGGCACCACCUUCCAAGUGGGCACCAUUUGCAGCACCAUCUACCAAGCCAGCGGAGGCAGCAUUGACUGGAGCUAUGACAACGGGAUCAAAUACUCCUUUGCCUUCGAGCUUCGGGACACAGGGCGCUACGGCUUCCUGCUGCCCGCCAACCAGAUCGUCCCUGCUGCCAAGGAAACCUGGCUGGGGCUGAAGAGAAUCAUGGAGCACGUGCGGGACAAGUCCUCCUGA